AUGGCGCCCUCAGGUCUUUCCACUUCCGCCUCCGCCUCUUCCCACUCCUCCUCUACCUUUUCUCCCGUCGUCAACGCCAACGCAAACUCACCACCCACCGAAAUCCGACGAAGCAGCGUCUACUCGCCCUCCGCUCCCUCGUCUGCCGUCUCUACUCCAACUGCUGCUUCGCCGACGGCCUCGACCCCCGGUGCGUCCACUCCCGGCAGCAGCGGUCCGUCAAAUGCCUCCCACCCGCAUCAGCUGCCAGCAAUCCGACCAAACGCCGCACCACCCGCCAUCUCAGCCAGGCCUCCCCAGCCCAUCAACAAGAUGUCCAUGGCCUCAGUAAUCAGCCCUCCGCCCGCCGAGGCUGCUCCCAAGAUGUCCAUGACCACCAAAGAAUGGGUCAUCCCACCCCGCCCGAAGCCCGGACGCAAGCCUGCCACCGAUACGCCCCCCACCAAGCGCAAGGCCCAGAACCGUGCCGCCCAGCGUGCCUUCCGUGAGCGCAGGGCCGCCAGGGUUGGCGAGCUGGAGGAGCAGCUCGACGAGCAGCGCGAUGUCUACGAGAAGACCGAGAAGGAGCUCAAGGACAAGGUCCACGGUCUGGAGAUGGAGCUGCAGUCCUUCAAGUCCCGCUGCGUCCUGCUGGAGACCCUAUUGGAGCGCGAGAGGAAGGACCGCGUCAAGGCCGAGACGGAGCUUGAAGGCCAGAAGCGACGCAUGCAAGAUCAGCCCUCGAAUGCCAGACGCCAGCUGUCACCCAUCCGCCGGGACUCGUCAGUCACCAUGAACCACGAACCCCCGACUCCCUCGGUUGGCCACUCGAACCAGCCUUUUUCAAUCUCUCAAAUCGUGUCCCCUGAGGACUCUACCCAGAUGGAAGACUCGCCGGCCCCGUUUGGCUGCGGGUCAUGCGGCCCUGAUGGAAACUGCCAAUGUGCCAAUGACGUUCUCGCGGCCCCCCUCGCCGACUGCGGAGGCUGCACCCUUGGCGGUCGUUGCCAGUGUCUCGAGGACACCAUCAAGAGCGCCAUCAUGUCAGAUCUCAAGCGGGCACCCUCUCCCUCGGCCGUGACUUCUUCCGAGAAGCGUGCACGCAUCGAGCCGGCCCAUGCUGAGGAGACCGAGAUCGACUUUACUGCCAUGUUCUCCAAGAAGCCGGCGCCUGCGCCGCCGCAGCAGUCCUUUCAGAUCCUCCAGCCCCAACCACUUCCUUCAAUGUCCCUCAAGGACUCGUGUGGGUUUUGUAAGGACGGAAGCUACUGCGUCUGCGCCGAAGAUGCCAUGUCGCUCGGCCCCCCAGCUACCACCCCUUACGGACCUCCUCCCGCCUACUCACAGCAAACUACCCCUCCCCCCUCAGAGAACGACGCAGUCCCUCCACCCAUGGAGAUCGACUCCGAUGGAGCCGUCAAGCUCCGUCCUCGUCCGCAGACCACUCAACCCACCGCCCCCAUCUCCCGCGGCUGCGGUCCCAAGGGCCCCGGAACCUGCGCCCAGUGCCUUGCUGACCCCAAGUCCGGCCUCUUCUGCCGCGCCCUCUCGGCAAAUUUUGAGCGCAAGGGCGGCGGCUCCGGAGGCUGCUGCGGCGGUGCCGGACCGGGAGGCGGAUGCUGCAAGUCCGAGUCAGCGCCUCCUCGUCUUCCCUCCAAAGAAAAGCUCGGCCUGAGUCUGAGCUGCGCCGAGGCCUACCAGACCUUGUCCAGCCACAAGAACUUCGAGAAGGCCGCGGACGAUAUCGGCUCGUGGCUGCCUAAGUUGCGUGCCGCGCCCAAGCCCGGCCAGACUCUGCCCUCCCCGUCGCGGCUGCCCAUCGAAGUUGAGGCUGCGAGUAUCAUGAGCGUGCUCAAGGACUUUGACAUUCGCUUCGGAAGAGGACAGUAG